AUGGAUGAUACUGGAUUUCGAGCUGAAUAUGCUAAAUCAGAUCGAUCAACGUGUAAAGGAUGUCGAUCAACCAUAGACAAAGAUUCCCUUCGACUUGCUAUUAUGGUUCAAUCACCAAAUUUCGAUGGAAAAAUUCCGAAUUGGUAUCAUAUGGGAUGUUUCUUUAAAAAGGUGAAACCUGCUGAUGCACAAAUAAUAAAAGGUUUUGAUGAUCUUCGUUGGGAUGAUCAAGAAAAAAUUCGUAAAAAAGUUGAUGGAACAACAUCAACAAAUGAAUCAAAUGUUAAAUCAGAUGAAACAGACGGUGGUUCAAAUAACUUCAGUGCAGAAUACGCUCGAUCUAAUCGAAGUACAUGUCAUGGUUGUAAUGAUAGAAUUGACAAAGAUCUUGUUCGUUUGUCAAGAAAAGUUUCAACAAGUCACACUUCUGUUCUCACCGAUCAAUGGUAUCACGUUGAUUGUUUCAAAGAACAAAAAGAUGAAUUAAAUUUUGAUGGAACUGCCGAAACAUUUUUAGGUUUUAAUGAACUUAAUAAAGAAGAUCAAACUGAAUUGAAAAAAAAGUUUGGUUCAUCAACUAUCAGCCGAAAACGUAAAGGUGAUAAAAUAUCAAGUUCAACCAAUGAAAUUGGUGAUGUACCAAAAACUAAACAAUCUAAAACAGAAGAUAACAAUGAACCGAUGUCUGAACAAGAAGAAAUUCAUCAAAAAAAAGAACAAAGUGAAUUACUUUGGAAAUAUAAAGAUUCUCUAAGAAAAGAAGUACCAAAUGAGGUUUUAAAAGAAUUAUUGGAAAUUAAUCAACAAAAAAUUGUUUCUGGAGAAUCACAUUUAAUUGAUACAGUUGCUGAUUGCAUGGCAUUUGGUACAUUAGAACAUUGUCCUGAAUGUGGAGGAUUUCUUAUUUUCAAUUAUACAUGUUAUCGUUGUACUGGUGAUGUCACAGAAUGGACGAAAUGUAGUUAUUCAACUAGAACACCAACAAGAAAACCAUUUGAUAUACCUAAUGAUAUUAAAACUGAAUACGAUGCGUUUAAAUCAUACAAAUAUAAAAAACGUGAUCGAAUUUUAGCAAAAGUAAUUGAGAAACAAGUAACAAUUAGUAAAACACCUGACGUGUCACGAGUUAUUCAAGAACCAAUAUAUGAUUCAAAUUUACCACUUACCGGCUAUACUAUAUCAUCGGCUGGUCGAUUAUCAAUUUCGGUUGCAACCAUUCAAAAAGAAGUUGAACGAUUAGGCGGAACAUUUUCAUCUAAAAUUGAUCAAACUGUUGGAAUUGUUAUUAGUUCGAAAGAUGAAAUACAAAAAAUGGGUAAAAAACUGCAAGAAGCACAAAUAUUAAACAUUCAUAUUGUAUCAGAAGAAUUUUUAAAUGAAAUAAAAAAGGAUCGUCCAUCAAUACUCAUGGAAAAAUGGAAAAUCUCUACAUGGGGAAUCUUACCUCAUAUUCGACAGCAAACAAAAGCAGAUGAAGAAGCAAAAAUGAAAUCUGUACGACAAUCAUUGACAACAGCAUCAACUAAAUCUGAUUCUCAUUCAAAAAAAUCAGUACCAGAUAAAAUGAAGUUAAAAUUAAAAGAUGGAGCUGCUGUUGAUCCCGAUUCAGGUCUUGAAGAUACUUGUCAUGUUCUUAAAGAUACCGAAACAAGUGAAAUAUUUUCGGCCGUACUUGGUCUUGUUGAUAUAACACGUGGAACAAAUUCUUAUUAUAAAAUGCAAUUACUUGAAUCAGAUAAUGGCCGACAAUGGUUUGUCUUUAGAGCAUGA